AGAUCAGUGCCUCACCCCCGUGGGAGUGAAGGACCGGAGAUCAACCAGCGUUGUGCUGCAGGAGGAAGGAAAGUUUGACUGAAGCUGAGUUGGAAACCCCCCGUGCUCUUUGACAAUGGCUGACUGGGCCCCCAUAGCGAAGGAGUACGAUCCCCUCAAGGCUGGCAGCAUCGAUGGCACGGACGAGGAGCCCCACGACCGGGCCAUAUGGCGGGCCAUGCUGGCACGGUACGUACCCAACAAGGGUGUCACGGGAGAUCCUCACCUCACCCUCUUCGUGGCGAGGCUCAACCUUCAGACCACAGAAGAGAAGUUAAAGGAGGUUUUUUCCCGCUAUGGAGACAUCAGGAAGAUCCGUCUGGUUCGAGACCUGGUCACGGGAUUUUCCAAGGGUUAUGCGUUUAUUGAGUACAAAGAGGAGCGCGCGCUGCUGAAGGCCCACAGAGAUGCCAACAGGCUGGUCAUCGACCAACAUGAGAUCUUUGUGGACUUUGAACUGGAAAGAACUCUCAAAGGAUGGAUUCCCCGGAGGCUUGGGGGUGGGUUUGGAGGCAAGAAAGAAUCCGGGCAGCUGCGCUUCGGAGGACGGGACAGACCUUUCCGAAAGCCCAUCAAUUUGCCAAACGUGAAAAAUGAUUUCUAUGGAGAAGGAUCAUCAGAGAAAAGAAACUGGUCUCGUGAGGGAACAAGGGACUGGAGAACCAGGGACCGGGACCACGAGAGGAGCAGGGACAAACGCUGGCCAGAAAGGGAGAGGUCCUGGGCUUGGGGUGACAGCGAGAGAGACAGAGACUCCAAAGAGGAGAGGAACAGGGGGAGGGAGAGGAAGGACAGAGACAGGAAGGACAGGGAUAGGGACCGGAGCAGGGACAGAGAUACCAAGAAGCAGAGAGAUGAUGAUAAGCAUCGAUAGGUGACUGUGCCUUGUCCUUGGGGUGUGUGACUGACCCUUGUGGCAUCUCGGGGCUGUGACAGCAUUCCCAGAACAAGCUGUGGUGUUGCCACCUUGUGCCUGUGACUCUGCUGUCAGCAGCUCUCUGUAGUUUGGUUCCUACUGCAGUUCGGAUGUGUGUUGAAUUGUUCUUUAGAGAAAAUAAACUUUUGUAUUUAUGUUUUUGA